AUGUCUCGCCCGGACGAGACACUGGCAGCCGCUGCGGCAAUUCUGCGUGGAUUGGCCAAGGGCUCGACCUCGUCCACCUACACCAAUGGCUUGAAGCUUCCACCAUACAAGCUCCCUGGAGACGAUACACCGGGAAAAGAAGACUUCGAAGCUGAAAUAGCCGCUCUUGCAAGACGGAUACACUACCUGGAAUCUCGGGCGGAUGUUGUUGGGCGCUCACUGCCAGAUACUCCAGGUGAAUUUCAGAGCCCGGCUUCGCCGUUGUCCCGCCCAGUGGAACCACGGGGUUCUCUGGGCGAAUCUGGCACUGAUUUCUCUGCAGACUCUUCUGAGAGAACACCUAUCAAUUACAAUCAUUCGAGGCGCGUCAACAACCUUCUCGCUGCCAGAGAUUCCUUUCGACCUUCAGAACCGGACCGUGCAGUGAGUGAAGAUGAUAUUAGCAUAUUGCGAGAACAUGUCGAGAGGCAGGCGGAGCAGAUAAAGAGUCAGCGAGACACAAUUGCAGAGAUCAGUCGUGGUCUACGGAAUUCGGAAGAGCAGGCCAAACAAGCCUUCAUGAGGGUGGAAAAUGAAGACGUUUCGAUCUUGGAGAGGGAGCUGCGGAAACACCAGCAAGCAAACGAGGCGUUCCAAAAAGCUUUGCGUGAGAUCGGUGGCAUCAUCACACAGGUUGCCAAUGGCGAUUUGUCCAAACGAGUCCAGAUCCAAGCUACUGAAAUGGACGAUGAAAUUGCGGCCUUCAAAGUCACCAUCAACACGAUGAUGGAUCAGCUGGAGAUCUUCGGCAGCGAGGUCACUCGUGUCGCCCGCGAAGUGGGAACCGAAGGCAUUCUGGGUGGACAGGCUCAGAUCAGCGGAGUGCAUGGCAUAUGGAAGGAGUUGACGGACAACGUCAACAUAAUGGCAGCGAACCUGACAGACCAAGUCAGGGAGAUUGCAACCGUCACCAAGGCCGUUGCACGUGGUGAUCUCAGUCAAAAAGUACAAAGUCGCGCAAAGGGCGAAAUAUUUGAACUACAGCAUACUAUUAACACCAUGGUGGACCAACUCAGAACGUUCGCCACCGAAGUCACUCGCGUUGCCACUGAUGUCGGAACGGAAGGCGUGUUAGGUGGACAAGCCCAGAUCGAAGGUGUCCAAGGUACCUGGAAUGAAUUGACCAAGAGCGUGAACGCAAUGGCAGACAACCUCACGACACAGGUCCGAGACAUCGCAAUGGUGACCACAGCUGUGGCAAAGGGCGAUUUGACGCGAAAGGUCACUGCGAGCUGUAAAGGAGAGAUUCUGCGACUCAAGAUUACGAUCAACAAUAUGGUUGAUCAACUACAGCAGUUUGCCCAGGAAGUCACAAACCUGGCCAAAGAGGUCGGAACCAACGGUGUUCUGGGAGGUCAAGCUACGGUGCACGACGUCGAAGGUACCUGGAAAGACCUUACCGAAAAUGUCAACGGCAUGGCAAUGAACUUGACAACUCAAGUGCGAGAGAUUGCUGCAGUCACCACCGCUGUCGCCAAUGGCGACUUGUCGAAGAAAGUUACCGCCGAUGUCCAAGGCGAAAUUCUCGACCUGAAAGUGACCAUCAAUUCAAUGGUUGAUCGACUAAACACCUUCGCAUUCGAAGUCAGCAAAGUGGCGAGAGAAGUCGGCACAGACGGAACACUUGGAGGGCAGGCCAAGGUCGAUAAUGUCCAAGGCAAAUGGAGAGACUUGACCGAUAAUGUGAAUACGAUGGCCUCGAAUCUGACAGAUCAGGUACGAAGUAUCUCGGACGUCACACAAGCCAUUGCUGCUGGAAAUCUGGACAAGAAAAUCGAGGUACAAGCACAAGGUGAAAUCUUGACACUGAAGGUCACUAUCAAUAACAUGGUAGACCGCUUGGCGACCUUUGCCCAUGAAGUGCGACGAGUUGCUCGCGAUGUCGGUGUCAAUGGCAAAAUGGGUGGCCAGGCCAACGUUCACGAUGUCAGUGGCCGAUGGAAAGAGAUCACAGAGGACGUCAACACCAUGGCCGAAAAUCUGACUGCGCAGGUUCGUGCAUUUGGUGAGAUCACGGACGCGGCAACGGAAGGAGAUUUCUCAAAGCUGAUCAGCGUCAAUGCGUCCGGUGAAAUGGAUGAAUUGAAGAGGAAGAUCAACCAAAUGAUUUCGAAUCUCAGAGACAGCAUACAGAGAAACACGGCGGCGCGUGAAGCCGCCGAAUUAGCCAACCGGACAAAGUCCGAAUUUUUGGCAAAUAUGUCCCAUGAGAUCAGGACCCCUAUGAACGGCAUCAUUGGCAUGACACAACUGACGUUGGACACCGACGAUCUGAAACCGCACUCGCGAGAGAUGCUCAACACGGUUCACAACCUUGCAAACAGCUUACUGACCAUCAUUGACGAUAUCCUGGAUAUUUCAAAGAUUGAAGCCAACCGUAUGGCGAUUGAGGCUAUUCCAUACACAAUCCGGGGUACUGUCUUUAACGCGUUGAAGUCCUUGGCUGUCAAGGCGAACGAGAAGUCAUUAUGUUUGGCAUUUGAUGUGGACAACUCGGUACCGGACUAUGUCGUUGGCGACCCAUUCCGGCUAAGACAGAUCAUCCUCAACCUGGUAGGCAACGCGAUCAAGUUCACCGAUCAGGGGGAAGUCAAAGUGACGAUCAAAAAAUCCAAAGAUCUUCUGUCGAACUGCGCAACAGACGAGUUUCCGUUCGAGUUUGUGGUCUCCGACACUGGGAUAGGCAUCCAGUCGGACAAGCUCGACCUGAUCUUCGACACUUUCCAGCAAGCGGACGGCUCAACGACAAGAAAAUUCGGCGGUACCGGGUUGGGCCUGUCUAUAUCGAAGCGCCUGGUCAACCUCAUGGGAGGUCAAGUCUGGGUCACCUCCGAUUUCGGGCACGGUAGCGAAUUCCACUUCUCGUGCAUUGUCAAAUUCGCAACGGACGACAUCAGUGUCAUCAGUUCCCAGCUUUAUCCUUUCCGAAAGCAUAAGGUUCUCGUGGUUGACAAGGGCGUGUCCAAGUUCUUUGAACGCGUCCCUGCAAUGAUCGAGGAGCUUGGGCUACAAGUCAGAGUGGUGAAAGACGAAGCAGAUGUGCCAGAUCCUGGCAUCUUCACCGCCGAACGCAAUCGCAAAAACACCGACGGAGGCUAUGAUGUCAUCGUCAUUGAUGAACUCCAGACUGCACAGAAACUGCGAGAACUGGACAAAUUCAAGUACAUGCCCAUGGUUUUACUGAACCCUACUGUGUCUAUCAGCCUCAAGACUGUACUUGAUCUUGGUAUCGCUUCAUACAUGACCACGCCCUGUCAAUUGAUCGAUCUGGGUAAUUGCAUGAUCCCGGCUUUGGAGGGCCGGUCUACGCCCGUCAUCAAGGACUACAAGAAAUCCCUCAACGUGUUGUUAGCUGAGGACAACGAGGUCAAUCAAAAGGUCGCCAUCAAAAUUCUGGAAAAAUAUAACCAUGUGGUGACGGUAGUGGGCAAUGGGUUGGAAGCCGUCAAUGCCAUCAAAAACAACCGAUUCGACAUUGUACUUAUGGACGUGCAGAUGCCAGUGAUGGGUGGGUUCGAAGCCACACGAGAGAUUCGGCAGUAUGAAAAGGAGAGGGGACUGCCCAGAACGCCCAUCGUCGCUCUAACCGCCCACGCCAUGCUCGGAGAUCGCGAGAAAUGCAUCCAGGCACAGAUGGACGAAUACCUGUCCAAACCACUGAAACAGAACCUGCUUAUGCAAACGAUUCUGCGAGUGGCUUCCGACAGGGUGACCGAUAUUUUCAACAAGCAGGCACGAUCUAAAUCCAAUGGAGCUCGUAAUGGCACUGGCGGUGGUGCGGACGGAAAGGACGCACAUUCAAAAGUUGGGGAUUCUCGAGGGACAUCGAGCUUGAGGCCCCCGUUCAGCGAGAGGUCGGUGACGGCGUCAGGGCCAGUGAAUCAUGGCAGUGUUGAGAGUCCUUCAUUGGGCACAGAUGGCGAGCCCGAUCCGAUGUCGGCAGCUAAUAGCAGCCCACCCGAUGCGGAGCUGUUGGCACGGCUGCGCAGACUGGAAGGCGUGGUUCAUAGUCUUGGUGCGCAGGUGGACGAGAACGGCAUUGUGUCGCCCACUCCCGCAGGUUCGACAGAUAUCCGGGCACGCUUCGGCGAUGUACAACCAAGCGAUUCACCAGCCUCCGAUCGCUCGGAGUCGAAAAGACAGUCUAUUGACAAGCAUCUCGGUCGCCUCGUGAUCAGUGAGGAUCGCAGCCGCUAUGUGAACAACGCGUUUUGGACAGGCAUGAGCGAUGAGAUUGCUGAAAUGCGGGACUUGCUCGACCCGUCAAGCACCGACGACGAAGAUGAGGUUCUUUCCCCCGAAACCGAUCGCCAGUCGAACCACCAAGCCUUCCUAUUUGGUUACUCAUCAGUCAUGCAGGAUCUGAGAGAGCUACAUCCCACUCCGAGUCAAAUUUUCAUUCUUUGGGAAGUUUUCAAAGAGAAUGUGGACCCGGUGGUCAGGAUACUCCAUCGACCUACAGCCAGAACAAUUCUCAUGAAUGCUGCGAGCAGUAUCGAUCGAGUCUCCAAGCCAGCAGAAGCCUUGUUGUUUGCCAUCUACUUUGGUGCCGUAGUCAGCUUGACUCCUGAGCAGUGCCAGCAACUAUUGGAUGAGGACAAGCAGUCACUAAUAAAGAAGUACCGGUUUGCAACAGAACAAGCGUUGGCCCGUGCGGACUUUUUGAACAGUUCCAGUCUCAUGUGCUUGCAGGCACUGUCAUUUUUCCUCAUCUUUGUUCGGCAUUGUGACGAUUCAAGAUUGGUAUGGGCAUUGGGAGGGUUAGCUAUGCAUCUGGCACAGUCGCUGGGCAUCCACCGUGAUGGAACGCAUUUCGGAUUGAAUCCAUUUGACACGGAAAUGCGACGCCGGUUAUGGUGGCAGAUAUCUCUGCUAGACAAUCGAGCUGCCGAAGACCAUGGUGUAGAUCCUUCAUUCUCCCACGAGUUUUACGAUACUCAGGUCCCUGCAAACCUGAACGACGACGAUAUCUAUCCCGGAAUGAAGUUCUGGCCCGCAGAAAGAGUCGGAGCGACCGAGAUGACGUUCUGCUUGAUUCGCUAUGAAAUCAGUGCCUUUUCGCGUCGAUUCAGCUUUGGCGCUCCUGGGCCCGGCACAAAGCAAGUUCCCGACCUGUCCCUUGAAGAAAAGGAGAGGUUAAUCGACGAGUGUCACCGGAGGCUCGAAGAGAAAUACUUACGGCACUGCGACAUGAACACACCAAUCUACUGGGUUGCUGCGACGGUCGCGCGUCUCAUCCUGGCCAAGAUGUGGUUGAUGGUGCACCAUCCGCGAGCGUACUCCAACAACAACGAACCCUCACCAAUGCCGCCGGAAAUCCGGGAUCGAGUCUUCAUCACCUCAGUGGAAGUGAUAGAAUUCUCUCACCUGCUCGAGAAGAAUGAAAACACGGCGAAAUGGGGUUGGCUAUUCAGGACCUAUAUGCAAUGGCAGUCAGUGGCGUUUGCUUUGUCAGAGAUCUGCGUGAGACCGCCUGGACCCGACGUAGAUCGAGCGUGGCGCGCGGUCGAAUCGGUCUAUGGGCAACGAAUGAUGAACUCCAAGUAUCAGAAAGGAAUGCUGUGGAAACCCUUGCGGCAUCUCAUGGCCAGAGCAAAGGCCCGAAGAGCGGAGCAACAGGCACAGUCAACCCAGGUGCCGCAGAAGCAGGAAAUCAUAUUCGCCGAUAUGGCCAAUCCAACUCCGAUGGAACGGUUCGUGCAAGACUAUUCAGUCAGUGCUGCCAACGCGAAUGCAAUGGAGGCAUUUGACCCGACAAGCGAGCAGCCCUACAACAAUACGGGAUUGGGCCUAGAUCCACGAGUACCAGAAUCUUUCCAUGCAGCAACCGGCAGCACGACGAGGGAGAGCAGCCACGCCAUAAUGCAGGAUGAUCCCAGCGGUGCGGGAGUGAACUGGACGCCGGAGCACAUGGCGAUAGGGAGCAACGAUAUAUUGGAUUUCGGAUGGUCGCCAUCUGUUGGCGACUUUACAGUGCGAAGUGAACCCUUCCAGCGCUAUUUUGUGACCAUUCAAGAGAAUUGGUUUUGA